UGUGUUGACACUGUGUUUUAUAUCAGUCUGUAGCGCGCGCGUAUGUUUGCGUGGAUGGGUGUGUGCCGUAUGGGGAACCUGGUGGAGCGCGUGCCUGCGCGAGAGGACUGAAGCCGCAGACAGGAAUGCCGCCGGACGCUGAGUCACGGUUUCAGUUUAUUUCGCUCUUUCCGCACUCCUUACAGCCAUUUAUAAAUACACCGAGCUUCAUGUUAACGCUUCACAGGAACAUCAGCAUCUCUUAAACUCGGAAGUUAUUUGAGGUGAGAAAUGCUCUACUCUGGGCUGUAGGAAACUUCAGUGGACUUAACAGCUAUCAAUCCUGGUAUGGACCGUCGAAAAGCGAGACUGAGCAGACGGGAAACGUCAGAGGAACUCCCUGAGCUGAAGGAAGUACCCGGAGAGGUACCAGGCAUAACUGUGCAAGAUGUGGAUGGAGUUUUUGAGGACUCUGUCCAGAAUGAAGAGGAGGAAGCAGGGAGCAAGAGGAAGACUGCACAUGAAGAGGCGGCAGAAAAAGAAAAGGAAGCUCAGAGGCAGAUCAUGGCCAUAAAAGAGCUGGUGGAUACUGAGGGGAGCUACCUAAAGCACCUGCAAAUUUGUACAUUUACUAUCCGAGGCAACCUACAGAAGCUACAGCCACCGUUGGCCAAUCUGGACGGAAUGUUCCAGCACAUUGACGAAGUGAUGGACGUGUCCGGCCAACUUCUGAGUGCCCUGGACCAGGCACAGAUGAAGCCCAGCGAUCCUCAGUACCUUGAAACUUUGUGUGAUAUUUUUCUGCGUAUGUCAGAAGACAUAGAGAUGGCAUACAAGGAAUAUCUGGCCAACUAUAAUAACAUCACAGCUAUAGAAGACGGAUACAAGCAGAAGGAAGCGCAGUGGCUAGAAAUGGUGAAGGUCAUCAAGUCCUCUGCACCAGAUGUGAAUGCCUCCACGCUCAGCUUCUUCUUGGUGAUGCCAGUACAGAGAAUUGCCCGCUACCCACUGCUGCUGCAAACCAUACAGAAACACACCAAUCCCCAGCAUCCUGCCUACUCCCUUCUGGAGCACACAGCCCACAUUAGCGUCCAGCUCAACUGCAGGAUUAACGAGUACAAGCGCUUCCGAGAAGUUGCUGAUAAGUACAAGAAGAAAGAAAACCUGACCAUCAUAGACAAGAUUAACCGACUAAGUGGUCACAGCAUUGCUAAGAAGACUGCCAGGUUGGGCCAGUACAUUAAACAUGAAACCGGGAUUGUACCGAAGCAAAAGGAUGAAGAGUUUGAUGCCCUUGCAGGCUUUUUCUUUGUUUUGGAAAAAGGUGUCAUUGAUCUGCAUGCCAAUAUGGCAGCCUAUCUCAGCCACCUGCAGAGGUUACUCAGCUGCAGGCCAGAGGAGGCUGACUUAGACCUUGCACUCUUUUCAAAGGAAAUUAGUGUCGCGCUCCAACAGUGGAUAUUGCCAGUUUAUGAGGCUCGCCUGAAGACUUUGGUGUUCCAACCGUUGUCCUCUUUGCGUGAGCUGAUGGCUGGGCCACACAACCUGAUCCGCAAAAGGCAGGACAAGCUGCUGGACUUUGAGAGGAUUGAGGAGAAGGGUAGUUUGAGCUAUGAUGACCAGGCCAUCGCCAACACCUACAAGACUAUGAAUACACUGUUGCUCAAUGAGCUGCCUCAAUUUAAUGGCAAAGCCAUGCAGCUGCUGUGGGCCACUCUGGGUGCCUUCAGCAGCCUGCAAAAGGACCUGGCUAUGGACAUGGAACAGCUUACCACCAGCUUUAUUCAUCAGCUCCCACAUACAUAUCUGGACAGCAGUGCAUUCUGGGAAUGGGCGGAGAGCUCGGUGCUGGAGAGUGCCAGGAAGCUGGAGACUCUAUGUCAGAGCAUUCAGGAUGAGCUCAACGCUCCCAUUGUGCAGCCUGUUAUCGCAGUGUCCGAGAAGCGCCUGAAAGACUUGGUGGAUAAACAUGGUACAGAAAAGCUCUACCAGCUGAUCGGGCCAGUUGUGGCCACUCGUGACCUUGACCUCACGCUGAGCAAAGGAGAGCUGGUGGCUGUGAUCAGUGAAAUUGACACACGAGGGGACAGACGCCGCUGGUUGGUGGACGCAGGAGGUCCAAGGGGUUACGUUCCAGCAUCCAAGCUUGCUCGUUACAACCAAGUUGGCAUGGUACAUCCUCCUGCCUCCCCCUCCCUCAGCGCCACAUCCGUCGGUCCAGGACCCAGGAGACACUCGUACACACCGGGAAUGCAGCCUGUCAUGCCCGUGACUACGCCCUGCUUCCAGGUGUUCGCUGGGUACGACUUCAAAGCACGGAGCAGUCACGAGCUGUCUCUACAGGCUGGAGAACCGGUGCGGGUAGUGGAGAACCACGACAAGCGGGGCAAUGCCGAGUGGAGCCUUGUGGAGGCACGAGGUCAAAGAGGCUACGUCCCUUCUAAUUACCUCGCCAUUCUGCCUUCGGUUGUGGCAUCACCCACUCUGCCAUACAACUACAAUCUCUCUUCAUAGCAUGUCUCCAUGUGCACUCCAUACACACCCACACACACUGGUCAAGGUGUUUAAACACUCUUACUGAAGGGCUCUCCAUGUGAGUGUGGGCAGAAGAUGAUUCUGCUGCCCGGUCUGUGAGCUGGAGUGGUGCUUGGAGUGAGUCUCGUCUACGAAUCAGCUCUGGUUAAAGCUGAUACCGAGGGAUCCGUUUGUCACAGCUUCACUACCGGGUACUGAUGGAGUGUGUGGGUUUAACAGACUCCUCAGCAGAAUUAUUUGUCUGUGCGAAUCACUCUCUGACUGAGUGACGGAGGGCGUAGAGUGACAGAGUGAUGGUGAUGGGCAGGUUAUAUGCUUUAAGCUCUGCUCUCCAGGAUCUGUCUCUGACUCACAGAGGAACCUUGAGGCUUGGCUGAAGUGGAUCUGAAGGCAUGAGUCAGCUUUCACAAACCUGACUACCAUGCAGAAGAGGCAUAAUUAUUUAUUUUUUUAAUGUUAUUUUUAUGAUAUUAUUUUUUUAACCACUGAGACUCUUCUUGUCAAUGUCCCUGUACAGGGCUGACUACUGAUGAUUUUAUUUGAAUGCCAAAUAAUUCCUGAGCGAAAAGGUACAGAAAUUAUGAGACACUGAUAUCUAGCUAUGGACGUGUAUACGGGUCAGAACAUUGUAAAUUGUAAAUACUAAGUCUAAACCUGCAAGUAUGAACUGUAAAACAUUACUCCUUUUUAACACUGAAUAAGCAGUACAGUUGUUGUAACGAUUAUAUUUUUUUUGCGUGUUGCACUGAUUACAUACUGACUAUUCUGUCGAUUACCAAAACUUCAGCAGAAGCCACUGUUGCAUCAAAUGCAGAAAGAACCCCCGGCUUGCUGCAGUGUCCCUCUGUCUGCAAGUACCGUAGUGCUCCAUUAGGGGCAGCACAGCUCCAUUUUUACACACUCUCUCUCUCUCUCUCUCCCCCUUCCUUUUUUAAAAUACACUUAUUCUGGCCACUGAUUUCCUCACUGUAUGUUCUCAGAAGUAAUCAUGGACUUUCUCUCCUGUCAGUGUUGUAUGGAAUUGCUUUGUGCCUAUACUAAAAAAAAAAAGGCACUGUGGCUUCUGCUUUAAGUGUUACCUCCAUUAGAAUUGAGCUCAAACCAAGAAAAAAUAAUGCAAAUAUUGUAAUUUAUUUUAACAACCAAAGUUUAAGCACAAGAACAGCAGUAGAUUUCUUGUUUUAGCAAAUUAAAUUGUCCAUUACUGUAUCUCAUUUUUAGCUUUUAUUUAUUUUUCUAUAAUACUACUGCAUGAUGUCUGCAGCCUUACACACAUGCCAUGCGGUCAGUUGGUCUAAUUGAGGAUUUAUUUUUGAAAGCAGAAACCAGUGUUAUAUGCUGCUUUCAGCACAAAUGCAGCUAUUCCUGUGAGAGCGUGUGAAUGUCACUGCACCACCAGUGAUAGCUGUAUCUUUCUUUCUGAAUGCUUUGUGCCGUAUCUGUAUGUGUGUAUCCAGGCACGGGUGCACAUGGAUGCACGUUCCGUGUUUGGCACUGUCCCCUCCCUCAGACAUAGUUGCUUGUCAGCAAUGAUUUGAUGCAUUGACUCCCAUCAGCUUCUGCCCCCUCGCUGGGGCACAACACACUAUAAAUACAUUUUUCUAUUCAGUGGGCUAAAAAUAGCUUCUUGUCGGUAGGAUCCCUCUGCCGUGCUGCGCUGCCUCUGUGACGCUCUAAGUGCGUCUGUUUUCUCUCUCGUAACACUCCCCUUCUUUUUUUAACUCUCAUCAUCAUCAUCACAAGAGCUAGGGUUGCAUGCUAAGGCAAUGCGCUACAGUUUCUUUACAGUCUGUUGUGUGCUGUGUGCAGAGGAAAUCAGCUUAGUAUAAGCUAGAUUUUAUUUUUGCGGUUGCAGGAGAUGCAUCUGUAUCCAGUACUCUGGGGAAGAUGUUAGUUCCAGUUGAGCGAGUGGCCAUCCUGCUUCUAAGAAAAAUCUCAGAGAACACAUGACAGUUCUGCUCACAGCUGCAGUGCAGCAAACGCUUGGGAUUAAAUUCAAUCUAAUCGAUGAUGGUGAUCUGUCUAACUUCCGACAGACUUGCCACAGAAGGAUUAUUUUCACUUCAGUCCCUUUAUCUAAACCGUUUUUUUUUUUUUUUUUUUUAAAGCUUUGCUCAGUAGUAUUACAGAGAGGAGCACAUUCAGGUUCACACUUGAUUGCAGCUCAAUAAACUUCAAAAUGAUUCAGUUUAUGGAAUUAAAUACAGAUCGCUCCCUAAGGUCCAGUGCACACAUGAACCAUGGAUUAAUUGCAAAGCUUAACCCUUAAAGUAGACAAUAAAAUUUUACUACCACUGUAUGGUGGUGUAGUUAGGGCCAAGUCUUUGCACAAGCACAAGUUACAUCAUUAUUUGUUCAUGGUCACUAAAAGUGUGGGUUGCCAGAUCUCACUGUCAAAAUUCUUCAAUGCAGUACUGAAACCCUGACCACUACAACAACAACAACAAAAAACAGGCUAAAUAAUAAAGUCUGUACUGAAACUUAUAAUCAAUUAACUAGUUUUGUUCAAGGGAGAAGAUAAGGUUCUGCCUACCCAUUUUUUU